CUCCCUUCCUUCCUCCAGUUCCAAUUCAUUCCCCAGCAGAAUCAAUGACCAAUCAAGACGACACGCCCCCGAUGCAGGAAGAACGGGCAGCCGGAUCACCGCCGCCAGUUGUUCCCACGGCUCCACCGAUUAAUGAUGUGGAGAACCAGACCCCGUCCCACGCCAGGACUACUGGGACGGGGAUUGGGGUCGGGGGGAUCCUGCGGCGGUGGAAGAGGGAGGACUUGUUGAGGAGAGGCUCUCUGGCUCUGAGGGGACUUGCUUUGGUUUUUUCAUUGCUGGCCUUCAUCAUCAUGGCCAGCAACAAGCACGGCCACGGGAACAAUUUCGACGAAUAUGAAGAAUACAGGUAUGUGUUGGCUAUAGCUAUUCUGGCGACGUUGUACACAGUGCUGCAAUCAUUCAGACAUGCACGCGAGCUUUCCACCGGCAGAGAAAUGUCUCAGCGACGGACGUCGGCGUUGGCUGACUUCAUCGGCGAUCAGAUUAUGGCCUAUUUACUGAUAUCGUCAUCAUCUUCGGCAAUUCCGUUAACGAAUAGAAUGAGAGAAUAUCAAAACAACCUAUUCACAGACGCCGCAGCAUCCGCCAUUAGCAUGGCCUUUCUUGCUUUCGUUGCUCUUGCACUAUCGGCUCUAAUUUCCGGUUACAAAUUAUCAACUCAAUCUUACAUCUGAUAGUUUAUUACGAGCUUUAUUUCAUAUUUGUAACAAAAUGUGUUGUAAUUAGGUGUACAUUAAUUCCUCUGCUUAUUGGAGUUCAGUGUUCAUAUUUGGUUUUGAGGUGAUUACCUCAUUCAUUUUAGAUUAGGGAUUAUAAUGCGAAUAAUAUGAUGAGAUAUGUAUCUUGUUUUACACGAGUAUAAAGACAUAUACUUAUUGUUGA